AUGGAGGGUCCCUCUGGCAUAUCGGCAGAAUCGGAUCCCCCUACGCCGCCUCCCAGUGAGCGCGCAUCUUCGCCGACCGCGCCCCUCCACGGGCGCACCAAUCCUUUCCACAUGGUCAUUAUGAGAAUCGGUAGCCACCCUGUCUUGAAAGCACUCGCUGGAUUUGUGCUCCUGGGACUCCUCUCAGGCUUUCUGGGAUGGCCCAGGCAGUUGGUCUUCUGGGUGAAUCUGGUCGCCUUAGUUCCGCUGAUGGCCAUCAUCACCAUUGCUAUCACCGAGCUGUCCCAUACGCUGGGCCCGUUCUUUCACGAGCUCCUGAAGUCGACCCUGGGUAACUCGGUCGAAUUGAUGGUUGGGCUUGUGUCUGCGCAAAUGGGUCAAGGGCGUAUCUUCCACUCAGUUGUGGUUGGAAGUAUCCUGUGUUAUUCUCUCCUGGUGCUGGGUAGCUGUUUCUUGAUCUCUGGCUACGACAAGGAACAUCUACACUUUGAUCGCACCUUGACUAGCAUCAUGUCGUCGUUGAUGAUGAUGGUAUGCAUUUCUUUGGUGCUUCCCGGCGUCAUGGUCACGUUUCCGUCGUUGGAUACCCUCUCCAUCAGCGCCGUAGUGACCAGCCAUGAGGUUCAGAUGGUCUCGUAUGGGAUUGCUCUCAUCUUGCUGGGUCUAUUCGGUGUCUUUCUCCUCUUUCAACUCAAGUCCCAUGCUGCAUUAUUUCGCAUUGCCGAGGGGGCAGCUGAGUCGCACUGGAACGAUGCUAGCAGUGAAAACCGGGCGGAUGAGAACCCAAUGCCGACUGUUCAUGAACUGGUCAUGUUCACGCCCCGAUCGGCGGGAGUUGCUCUCCUGGUUGGCGUGGCGUGCUUGACGGGGUGUGUUGUGCACAUUGUGAACAGCGUCAAUGCUGCGCUAGAGCGGGGAACGGGCACCAGCUUCCCCAUUCUGGUUUGGGUGCCUCUGGUGGGGAACGUGACCAAGUACCUGACCAUCGUGAUCAUCUCGCGCCAGGGCCAUGUGGAGGUCGCCGUCCGAAACAUCUUGAAUAGCGUUCUGCGCCUCACCCUGUUGGUCACGCCAACUCUGGUUCUCUUGGGGUGGUCGCUGGGCCAAUCGGUGACUCUGCAGAUGGAUAAUUUCGAAGCGACGAUGUUGUUCCUCGCCGCUAUGGUUAUGAGCCACGUGAUUCACGAAGGUCGGGCCAACUACUUUGAUGGCCUCAUGCUGUGCGGAACGUGA